AUUAAGACGACAAUAGAAGAAGCUCAUGAUUUAAGUGCCAUGACUGUUGAGAUGCUGCAAGGGAAGCUUCUUACACAUGAAAUGGCCAUGAAAAAUUAUGAGAGUGAUGAUGAUUCUCGGAAGAAGAAAUCUAUAGCUUUCAAAAGCUCCUCCAAAGAUGAAAGUGACAGUGAUGAAGAGGAUGAUGAAGAAUUUAUAAUGCUUGCUCAAAAGUUUAAGAGUUUCCUAAGGAAAGACAAGCUAAAGAAUCAAGGACAACAAAAGAAAAACUACAAAAGUAGUAAAGGAAAGGGAGAAAGUAGUAAAAAGGAUGAGAUUAUCUGCUACAAAUACAAGAAGGCUGGUCAUAUUAAAUCUGAGUGUCCAAACAAUGAUGAAAUGAGUCUAAAAGCCAUAAAAAAAAAAGAAGGCAAUGGUUGCCACAUGGAGCUGCAAUAAGGACUCAUCUUAUAGUAAAGAAGUAAGUGACAUGGAAGCUCAUGUUUGUCUCAUGAAAAUGAUGACACAGAUGAGGUAAAUGCCAUUUCUUCUUCUACUUUUGAUCAUGCUAGUGAUGAUGAAAUGCCAUAUGAAGAUUUGCAAGAUGCAUUUAGUGAAUUAUAUGAGCAUACUAAACAAAUUAGUGCAAA